AUGGCCUCAUUCCAACGCCAAUUCACUACCGCGUCUCCCGUGCUGGCCCUCCCCCAGCCAUCGCACGCAAAUCAGAUCGCUGGGUCGGCAUUUGCGCCGCCCCAUGUUCAGAUGCAGAUUCAGUCCCAACCUGUUGAUCGCCCCGCCGCCUCACAGGGCAGAAAACGGUCUCGAGACGAGGCCAGCGCCAAUCUCGAGCCUGACGCGCCUCCCGAGCCGAUGGUCGAGUCGCAAGAUGACUGGGUAUAUGGCGAAGGAAUGACACUGAUCAAGCGCGAUGCUGGUUAUGUUGCCGACGCCAGUACCCAAUCGGGCACCUGGAUAGAAGAGAAAAACACCGCAGCAGACGCAGAGGUUAAGCGCCAGCUCGAAGCUGCCCAAGUCGACGUCCGAAGCUAUAAGCUACAACGCAUGGGAAGCGACGAGCCAUCAGCCGCCGCUAGUCCCGCAAGUGUUUCCCCCGCUGCGCUUGCCCCGGAAUCCAAUAACCCAGUCAUUGACGACUUCACCCUGCAUCUCGGUAUUGGCUGGCGCAAGAUAAGCGACGAGGAGCACAUCCAAGCAGCAGCGCGAGGCUGGGCCAAGUUCAUCGAAAACCAUUACCCCCUCAGCGACGUGCAAAUAUGCCUUGAAAGCAAAGGCCUCCAGUCGUACCUCGUGAAAGCCACAGAGGGAUUCUUCCUCUGCUCAGAGGACCUUCGACAAGCUCGACUGGUUAGCCACGAUGCCCAAACGGCUCUUCGCAACUUGCAACAAUCACCACCAGCAUUCGAAGGCGCCAUGACUAUUUCAAGCGUGGACACGGCCGCUGCUGCCGUAGCAAUCGUCAACGAUACGGACAUGAACAUGAGCUGA